GGACCCUCUCCGGGGCGGUCCGCCUAGCUCUGGUCCCGCCCCUUUAUUAGCCCCGCCCCAACUCUUCCUGUCUCCCCUCCCACCAGAACUCUGUGGUACUUAACCCCGCCCCAUUUCCCAUUGGCCCCGCCUAUUGCCUCAGCCUAGACUGUGAUUUCAGUCGCUUUGGUUUCUCCCCUCCGCCUCAGGGCUCCCUCCUCAAACACCAGUCCUCAUCCCUCCCUUGGUCCUCCUGUCCGCAGUCCGCCGUUAUCUAGGCCUCGUCCCCUUUCCCUCACCAGUUGGAAGUUCUCGCCCCGCUCUCUAAGGCUCCGCUGACUCUUAGGGCUCUCUCCCAGGUUCUCUGGCCCCCAAGACUCCCAGGCCGGUAGCUUUGUAUUCUUUGCAGGUCUCACCUUUCUCUUAGCGCCCGCCUCUCCCAUUCCUCUACCCUCUGAGCCCUGCCCGCCCCCGCCUGGCCUGGUUACUUUCAAGCCCCUUAAAGCCCCGCUCCUCCUUUAGUCUCGCCUUCCCCCAGCCCAUUCAAGACGUUUUCUACCAUUCGUAGACCCCAACCACCUCCGUCAGUCCCGCCCCAUCCAUCCUGACACUCUCUCCUGGCGCAGCUCUGUCUCCAGGCCAAGCUUGCAGCCCCGGGCCCGCCCCUCCUUUUCCUCGCCCCCUCCCUUAGUCCUAUCCAGACGGGUUCCCAGGCCCUUCUGAUCUCCUCCCCUCCUCACUGGGUCUCAGUCCCUGUUCCCCUUGCCCUGUCCCCUUUCAGUCCAGCCUAGUGCCAUUUCGCGUGAAAGUACCCUCCACUCUCCAUUUCCAGUUCCCGCCCUCGUUCAGUCCCGCCCCCUCACUCUCCCAACCCAAUCAGGACUGUUUCUACUCCUUUCGACCCCGCCUCUUCUUAAGAUCCGCUCUGCCUCUUCCAAGCAAUGUUAGGAGCCCAACUCGGCCGUCUCCAUCUGCCCCUUCCCACCAGGUCCCGCUGGCCCGCUCUUUAGGUCCGGGCCCGCGAUCCUUCUCUGUCCAAUCAGGACGGUCUUCCGCCUUGUGGCCCCGCCCCUCCCUCUGCCUGUCACAGCCAGUGAGGCCUCUUUAAAUAGCUUGGACUUGUCCCCUUCCUCUGCCCCGCCCCCGUCCUUGUUUUAAUUCAAUCAGAUCUCUUUCUCAGAUCUAGUCCCUCCUCCUCUGUGCUCCUUGUGCUGCCAAACCAGACAACGUUAGCAGCCCAUUCCGCCUCCUUUAACACCUUUUCCCGCCCCGCUCCUUCUCUCGCAAAGAUCCAAUCGGUGUGUUUCAUCUGCGGCCCCGCCCCGUCCAGCUAGGCAGCGUUAGAGUCCCGGCCCGUCUCCCGGCUUCAGCCCCGCCCCACCUCCCCCUAGACCAAUCAGUUUGGCUUCUCCUCCACUGCGGCCCCGCCCCCUCAAUCCAUCUCCUCCUCCCACCCAAUCACGUCUGUCUCUCCCCUGCGGCCCCGCCCCUCGACGCCCCGCCCCUCCCGCCCCGCCCCCCGUCCAAUGCUGAGCUCAGUCUGCGUCUCGUCCUUCCGCGGGCGCCAGGGGGCCAGCAAGCAGCAGCCGGCGCCGCCGCCGCAGCCGCCCGAGUCCCCGCCGCCGCCGUCCCCGCCGCCGCCACCGCCGCCGCUGCAGCAGCAGCAGCAGCAGCAGCAGCCUGCGCAGCCCGGCCCCGCCGCGUCCCCGGCGGGCCCCCCGGCACCCCGCGGGCCCGGGGGCCGGCGCGCCGAGCCAUGCCCCGGGCUGCCGGCGGCGGCCAUGGGGCGGCACGGCGGCGGCGGUGGCGACAGCGGCAAGAUCGUGAUCAACGUGGGCGGCGUGCGCCAUGAGACGUACCGCUCGACGCUGCGCACCCUGCCGGGGACGCGGCUGGCCGGCCUGACGGAGCCCGAGGCGGCGGCGCGCUUCGACUACGACCCGGGCGCCGACGAGUUCUUCUUCGACCGGCACCCGGGCGUCUUCGCCUACGUGCUCAACUACUACCGCACCGGCAAGCUGCACUGCCCGGCCGACGUGUGCGGGCCGCUCUUCGAGGAGGAGCUCGGCUUCUGGGGCAUCGACGAGACCGACGUGGAGGCCUGCUGCUGGAUGACCUACCGGCAGCACCGCGACGCCGAGGAGGCGCUCGACUCCUUCGAGGCGCCCGACCCCGCGGGCGCCGCCAACGCCGCCAACGCCGCGGGCGCCCACGACGCGGGCCUGGACGACGAGGCGGGCGCGGGCGGCGGCGGCCUGGACGGCGCGGGCGGCGAGCUCAAGCGCCUCUGCUUCCAGGACGCGGGCGGCGGCGCCGGGGGGCCGCCAGGGGGCGCGGGCGGCGCGGGCGGCACGUGGUGGCGCCGCUGGCAGCCCCGCGUGUGGGCGCUCUUCGAGGACCCCUACUCGUCGCGGGCCGCCAGGUAUGUGGCCUUCGCGUCCCUCUUCUUCAUCCUCAUCUCCAUCACCACCUUCUGCCUGGAGACCCACGAGGGCUUCAUCCACAUCAGCAACAAGACGGUGACGCAGGCCUCCCCGAUCCCCGGGGCUCCGCCGGAGAACAUCACCAACGUGGAGGUGGAGACGGAGCCCUUCCUGACCUACGUGGAGGGCGUGUGCGUGGUCUGGUUCACCUUCGAGUUCCUCAUGCGCAUCACCUUCUGCCCGGACAAGGUGGAAUUUCUCAAGAGCAGCCUCAACAUCAUCGACUGCGUGGCCAUCCUGCCCUUCUAUCUCGAGGUGGGCCUCUCGGGCCUCAGCUCCAAGGCCGCCAAAGACGUGCUGGGCUUCCUACGGGUCGUCCGCUUCGUCCGAAUCCUGCGCAUCUUCAAGCUCACGCGCCACUUUGUGGGGCUGCGUGUGCUGGGCCACACGCUCCGCGCCAGCACCAAUGAGUUCUUGCUGCUCAUCAUCUUCCUGGCGCUGGGCGUGCUCAUCUUUGCCACCAUGAUCUACUACGCCGAGCGCAUUGGCGCCGACCCCAAUGACAUCCUGGGCUCCAACCAUACGUACUUCAAGAACAUCCCCAUCGGCUUCUGGUGGGCCGUGGUCACCAUGACGACCCUUGGCUAUGGAGACAUGUAUCCCAAGACGUGGUCGGGCAUGCUGGUGGGGGCGCUGUGUGCGCUGGCUGGGGUACUGACCAUCGCCAUGCCCGUGCCCGUGAUUGUCAACAACUUUGGCAUGUACUAUUCGCUGGCCAUGGCCAAACAGAAGCUGCCCAAGAAGAAGAACAAACACAUCCCCCGGCCCCCGCAGCCUGGCUCGCCCAACUACUGCAAGCCCGACCCGCCCCCGCCGCCCCCACCCCACCCUCACCACGGCAGCGGCGGCAUCAGUCCCCCACCACCCAUCACCCCGCCCUCCAUGGGGGUGACUGUGGCCGGGGCCUACCCGCCGGGGCCCCACACGCACCCGGGGCUGCUCAGGGGGGGAGCGGGUGGGCUCGGGAUCAUGGGGCUGCCUCCUCUGCCGGCCCCUGGGGAGCCGUGCCCGUUGGCUCAGGAGGAAGUGAUUGAGAUCAACCGAGCAGAUCCCCGCCCCAAUGGCGACCCAGCAGCAGCCGCGCUUGCCCACGAGGACUGCCCGGCCAUCGACCAGCCCGCCAUGUCCCCGGAAGACAAGAGCCCCAUCACCCCCGGGAGCCGGGGCCGCUACAGCCGCGACCGAGCCUGCUUCCUCCUCACCGACUAUGCCCCUUCCCCUGAUGGCUCCAUCCGGAAAGCCACCGGUGCUCCCCCACUGCCCCCCCAUACUGGCGUAAGCCAGGCCCCCCAAGCUUCUUGCCCGACCUCAACGCCAACGCUGCGGCCUGGAUAUCCCCCUAGUGGACGAACCCCCUCCCCCCGGGCUCUUGUCACCGCCUGAGACCUCGUGAGACCCUCGGUCCCCCCCUGCCCCUUCCCCCCAGGUUACGAGAAAUCCCGCAGCCUGAGCAGCAGCGCGGGCCUCAGCGGGGUGUCCCUGCGCCUCGCACCCCCUGCCACUCCCCCUGGCUCUCCCGGGGCCGCCCGCCGCGCUCCCCCAACCCUGCCCUCCAUCCUCUAGCGCUCCCCUCCCCCCCGUGGGGGGACUCGGGGGUGAAAAGGAAGAAGGUCAAAGGAGCUGGGGGUGGGGGGUGGGGGAAAGGGUUUUUUUAAAAAAAAUCAAAAGUCAUUAAUAAUAUGCAACCGAGACGACGACGCCAGCAGACACCCCCGGGCCCCUCACCCCCCCCUGGGCCCCCAGGAUGGAGGGGGAAGGAGCCAAAUCCCCUCCCCUCCAACUCUCCGCCCCCCCAAAAAAUAAAGCCUUCUCAGGUCUCCAUGAGCCAUAGGACACCCCCCUGCCAUCCACUCGUGUAAAUACGUCCAAAUUAGGCCAAUUACAUUUUGGGGCGCCUCCUCCCUACUCUGCAUGCCUCCCCCAACCCGGACCCCCCCUUCCAACUCCACCUCAGCAAUAAGCCGCCAAGGGUUGCAUGCCACGCGUUCGAGGGAAGGGACACUCUGGGAAGGGGGCGGGGACCUCAAGGGGGUCGGGCUGGCCUUGAAGCCACAGGAGGGUCUCCUCGCCUCCUACGCUUCGCCCCAGGAAGGCAACCCAUCAUGCACUGAUUAAAAAAAAAAAAUUAGCAACAGUGUGGGGGAAGGAGGAACAUUCAUUGAAAGCCAAAAACCAGGGCUGAGCUCAGAUCGCAGAAGUGGAGGCAUGGGGGGUGGGCUGCGGACAGCUGCUCCCCAGCCUUUAGGAGGCUCCCUCUGGUGAAUUUCACCCUUUCAUUCCACCCCCCCCCCUCCCCGCCCCCCAGGGAUCUGCUCGCCUCUCUUUUUGCUGCACGGGCUCAGACCUCCCAGCUCAGAAUUCCUGGGGUGAACCGGCCCUAGCACACAAAAUUCCCCGACACCGCUCCAGAUCCCCGGGACGUGAGACCUGCGCCAAGAAUUGCCGAGACUCACCUUGGCACCUCGCAUCCCCCAAAGCCCCACAGGCUCCUGGGACUGAACCUCUGCACACAGAUGCUGCCCCCAGCCCCACGCCCACGCAUUCUCCGGACAGCAUCCCAGCAUCUCAAACUUGCACUCGACCCAGACCUUCAGCUCACUUUCAGCCUUAGGGAUGCUCCGAAUUUUUCCCGCUCUCGGACCUUUCCUGGACACCCCAAAUCCUCAGGCCUGCCCCCCCAACCCCCAGGCACCCCCAACUCUCUGACAUCAGACAUCCACGUCAGGUUCCCUUGAUGCUAGAAUUUCCGAGAUAGGCUCAACCUGUCUGUAAUUCCAGGGAACCAGACCUUCCCGGGGCACCCCCUUUCUUAUGCCGAACCCUGCCUCCCCCAAAAGCCGCUUCCCUUAAAUGGUGCCCCAAAGGGACCCUCUUCGUGGACACCAGUGUUUCCCAGAGGGUCCUAUUUGUACGCCUGGUGAUUUGCUACGUUUUUAGGCAGAGCGAGGACAAACACUUAUUUUUAAAUUUUUGAUGGCGGCAUUUUGCACAGAAGCGGGUAAGUCCGGAUAUGCUACUUGGCCAGGGCACCAUUUAUUUAGGCUAGAAGUGUUUCCAUUUAAAGUAGAGGGUGUGCCCGAAGGGAGGGACACUGGAAACUCAGAAGCUUGGGAAACAACGACAUACCCACCCGGGCUGCGAUCCCAGCCCGCCCUUCCCGGGCGUCCCUCGCCCCGCCACGCUCGCGGGUGGAAAAUCAUUUCUCAUCCCAUCCUGGCUCAAGGAUGCGCUACCUCCACCAAGCCCAGAGACCACACCGGUCCCAGAAUCCUUAGAGGACCCUCCCCUUUUGGAGCUGGGGGCCCAAGGAAUUAGCAGCCUCCCUCCCUCUGCUCCCACGGCUUCAGGAACCUCUCCACCCCCGACCCGAGGGUUAGGGGUGGGGGGUGUCACUGAGCACGAUUCUUGAUGCAACGAUUCCUAUGCAAGGGGCAUUUUUGAGUCCCCCCAUCCUUCCAUCGGACCCUAAACCCUGUUG